GGGGCGGUGCAUAACAAAAAGUAAUGGCCAUCUAUUUGGGUCCAGUAGAAGGAGGAUUAGCCUAUUUCUUGUCGGACUGCUGCAGGUGCGCUCAGGUUUUCUGUGUAUUUGCCUGGUAGCUACCUGUUAGCUGUGCUUUUUCGGUUGGGAGUUUAGCGACUCGCGCGCAGAGAGCGGCUAAUUAUCCGGCCGAAGUCUCAGCCGCGUUGAGGGUUAAAGCAGGCAGCUAGCCACGCUAAUGCUAGCUACUACAACCCACCCCGUGUGUGUGUGUGUGUGUGUGCCAGCGUCUGGAAGGGCGUACUAGUUAGACGUAUUCUGCCCGAAGUCUUUUCUACAUUCCUUGAAGUAUACCGUACGUAGCGUGGACGUGGUUUUUCCUUUUCGUGAGUGGCACAACAUGAAGGGGCGCACGCAUUGCAAAAGCACAAAGACGACGAACCACAACUAAAGAGGAUUAAAAAGCUGCACGGUCUUCAUGGGGAAAAGUUGAGCUGAGGAUUAACAACCUGGGAAAAGCGAAGAAAGGCUUUGAGACUUGCAAACAGCGCGAGGACAUGCUAAAACCCCAGUGAUGGAGCCUACCGUUGUGAGUACAUCCACCGUGGCCCCUGAUGAGUUUGACAGGAAUGUGCCACGGAUCUGCGGAGUGUGUGGUGACAAGGCCACAGGCUUCCACUUCAAUGCCAUGACCUGUGAAGGAUGCAAGGGCUUUUUCAGGCGCAGCAUGAAACGCAAGGCCUCCUUCACAUGUCCCUUUAACGGCAGUUGCACCAUCACCAAGGACAACAGGCGUCACUGCCAGGCAUGCCGCCUCAAACGCUGUGUGGACAUUGGCAUGAUGAAAGAGUUCAUUCUGACGGAUGAGGAAGUGCAGAGAAAGAAGGACCUGAUUCAGCGGAGGAAGGACGAGGAGGCACAACGUGAAGCAGAAAAGGAAGCACGAAGACCGAGACUCUCAGAUGAACAGAGUCACGUCAUUGCCACGUUGGUGGAGGCACACCACAAAACAUACGACGACUCCUACUCUGAUUUCUGCCGCUUUAGGCCUCCUGUGCGCGAGGGCCCAGUGACGCGAAGCGCGAGCAGAGCUGCCUCCCUCCACUCCUUCUCUGAUGCCUCCUCUGACUCCUUCAGUCACUCUCCAGAGUCUGUUGACACUAAAAUGAACUUCAACAACCUGCUGAUGAUGUAUCAGGAACACGGCAACAGCCCGGACUCCAGCGAGGAGGAAGGUUCCAGCUACUCAAUGCUUCCCCACCUGGCUGACCUGGUCUCUUACAGUAUACAGAAAGUGAUUGGGUUUGCCAAGAUGAUUCCUGGUUUCAGGGAGCUAACUGCAGAGGACCAGAUUGCUCUGCUCAAGUCCAGUGCUAUUGAGGUGAUCAUGCUGCGGUCGAAUCAAAGUUUCAACCUGGAAGACAUGUCCUGGAGCUGCGGUGGGCCUGACUUUAAAUACCAGAUCAGUGAUGUCACCAAAGCGGGCCACACCCUGGAGCUGCUGGAGCCUCUGGUGAAGUUCCAGGUGGGCCUGAAGAAGCUGAACCUCCAUGAAGAGGAACAUGUGCUGCUGAUGGCCAUCUGUUUGCUCUCUCCAGACCGUCCAGGUGUGCAGGACCACUCGAGAAUCGAAGCUCUCCAAGACAAGCUGUCAGAGACCCUGCAGGCCUACAUCCGGCUCCACCACCCGGGUGGACAGCUGCUGUAUGCCAAGAUGAUCCAGAAGCUGGCCGACCUGCGCAGCCUCAACGAAGAGCACUCCAAACAGUACCGCUCACUGUCCUUCCAGCCGGAACACAGCAUGCAGCUCACUCCGCUGGUGCUGGAAGUGUUCGGCAGCGAAGUCUCUUAGAAUCCGCCGCCGAACAUCAGCAGCGGCGGGGUGAAAACGGACAGAGAGAGCUGAGAAGGUGCUGGAUGGACUUUAAGCUGACGUGGGUUACGGAGCAAGUGGAGCAGAGAAAGUAUAGUGCGUGUGUGUGCGUGUGUGUUGGUGUGUGUCUUCAUCUCUGUAACGUCUGAAGAAGUGUGUCUUGCUUCAAAGGCCAAGCUUGUGCAGAGAGCAAGCAGAUGUUAAAUAAUACAGUAAACAAGGGAAUGUCAUGUACUACAAACUAAGCUAUCCACAGGACAUUUGCCUAUAUAUCUAUAUACAUGUUUUUCUACUUAUUUAAUUCAAACAGCUGCUUUAAGAUGCCUGGACAUUUUGUGCGUGCACGUGUUGUGUACACACAACUUUUCACAACAAGCAUCCUCAGUUAUACAUUUAGCCAUUCAGUUCAGCUACCUCUUCAUUUUACUGGGUUGUUUUAUAACUACAUCACCUCGGUGAAAGAGUCACUUUCACACAAACAGUUUGGAUACCGCACAUUUCUAGUUUACCAGUGCAAAAGCAGUGCCUGCACACAACUUUGAAUCUUUGGUCAUCUUGAAAUUGUCUUUUUUGUUUGUUUAUUUUUGAUUCUUUCCAAGGCAACAUAUGAAAAUGACUGUGCACACAUGCCUUUCAAAGUUUCACCAAAGGUAUGGUCAAAUAAUCUAGAAACUGCUUCCAUUACUGCUGCUCCAUGGUUAGCUUUCCUCAUGCAGCCACUCUGCAAGUUGACUAUAAUGAAGGAAACUAUCAUCAUACGGAUUUAUACUACAGAAUCCAGAGCAUUUUCUGUGAUUCAGUGAGGUUUUUGCUAGGACUUUAGGACUUUAAUAAGGUGGCUGGGUUUGAGGUGAGAAUUAGCCACUAGUAUUAGCUAUUUUUACACUGCUAAUUAUUGAUCAAACCAGGACCUCUUAAUGGCUUGUAACUCCUCAAAGUAUCUUUGAUUAAUCUAUGGUUUGAUUGUUUAUUUCUAUGUUUAUAAAUACUGCUAUCUCAUAUAUUCUAAGCACUGUUAAGCCACCCCUCUGCAUCCAGUAUAUUAUCACAGAUGUUUAAAGGGCUAACAUGCCAAACCUAACUGGAACAGUAAGCGGAGGCCAAAGCUGGGGGCCUAUCUUCUUGUUUAUAUAUAGCUGCAUACUUUACUUGGACUUGGCAUAAAUAUGGAAAUAAUUGCAAUAGUUGUUUUUGCGCGUUUCGUGUCAUUUCGCCUAUAAAAACCAAUUCCAUGAAUUGUUCCUAUCCAGUAUACCGUGAGCUCAGAGGGCGGAGAGCUUGGGAAGCUGCUUCGGACCUCCACAAAUAUCACACCCCUUUCGUUUCUGACUGGGAAGUGGAUUUUCUAGAAUGUCCGAGGGCCGGGUAGUUGCAGAGGUGCUGUGCACCUCCACAGCCUGGCCCUCCUGUUUGAUGUUGUAUGCUGCGCAGCCCUCUAGUGGCUGCAUCCUGUAAAUACCAGGUAUAUAUAUAUUUACAUAUAUUAAAACUAUAUAAUGUCUACCGCUGUACAUAGGGCUACAAGGAUCCUGAAGACUUUUUUUUUUUUUCCCCACCCCAGAAAGAAAUAUGCAAACACAAUUUGAUUCGGAUUUAUUAACACUUUGUUUUGAAGCACUCUGUUCUGUGUUUUUUGUUUGGGUACAUCCUUCAGUAGGAAAGAUCAAGAAAUGGCUAAAACGGGGAUUGCUUGUGUGUUGGACUGAUUAUCAUCUGUAUAGUGUGAUUUCACUUUGCAAUGUAAAUUUUUAGUAAGAGGAUAAGCUGCUCUCACAUAUAAGCCAUAUAAAUUGCCAAGUUACACCUGCUAUAUUAAAAUACAUCGAACUGAUGACUCUGGAGACCUGGGAAUCAUCAUGUCCUUAGCUAAAAUGGUAUUUAUGAAUGACUUUAGGAACAUAAGCUUGUAUAUUUAUAGGAACCUGCCUCCUCUCUGCUGUAAGUCACCUUUGGCUAAAGCUUCGCCAAACAGCAUCUAUCGACAUAUAAACUAAACUACCAAGAAAGCAUUUAAGAGCAUUUAAGAACUGAGGCCAGUGUUGUGAGGCUACAUGUGGGGUUUAGGUUUGACCUUGAAAGAUGACAUGUCCUUUGUGUUGAAGCAAUUCUCCCACAGAAAUCAUUUUCACACUUCUCUACAAUAGCAGUCGAUUUAACCACAGACAAAUUUGCAGACAAAAUAAGUCAAAGGAAAAGAAAAAUGUAUUUUUGUCUAUUUAAGCUAAGAGUAAACCACCACCCCAUGUCUAACAUACAGGACCUUAGAAAAGUCUCCACACUUUUUGAACCUUCAGAUUUUGUCAAGUUACGGACACAAACUUCCACUCAUUUGAUUUGAUGAGAGAGACCAACGCAAAGUAGAAUAUAUUUGUGAAGUGAAAGAAUUUUUUUCGAUGGGAAAGAAGUUGGUAUUGAGUUUCCCAAAAUCCAGUGCGCCUAUAUUUAGCUUGAUCCAUCAAGCCAUCAUGUCAUCCUCAGCCUGCCUGUCAAAAGCGAAGAAAGACAUUACCACAGCAUGAUGCUGCCACCACCAUUUUUCACCUACAAGACGCUGUGUUCCGAAUGUAAGUUGUUCGCCACACAUGGCGCUUUUGGAAGUAGGUGUAAAAGUAGCUUUUUGAUCACAAGUGACAGUCGCACCUUCUACCACAUUGUUUACUGUGCAAUUUCUUUCCACUUCUCAAUUGUGGGCUAUUUUGUGUUGGAUAAAUCCAAGUUUGAGAUUGUAACCUGACAAAUGUCAAAAAAGAAAAAAGAGUGAGAGAUACAGUGGGUGUUUUCUUCACCUUGGUAGGUAAAUGUAACUACAUAAGGAAGAUGGCGAAGGAAGAGAGCGCCCAGUUUUGUGGAGAUGUCUCCAUAUAAAAAGUUGUUGCUUUGAUCGGUUGAGCCCAGUUUUUUUUUUUUUUUUAAAUCCUCCACACUGAUGAAGACCGUUCUAAGUCACUGUGACUUUGUUUCAACACUUCAGUCACUGUGUCGCUCUGUGAGCUGAUAGUUGGGGCUCAACUUUCAACCAGCUUUCCUAGCACAAAUUAAAGCCGCCCUUCAAUAUAAAAAAAAAAAUCGUGUUUUACUUUUAUUUUUUAUUUGAUUUGAUGUGCCCUACAAACGACCCUGCUGUGAUUGAACUUGUUAGGAGUUAAAGCUCGAUUGUGUUUAGGUAGUACCACUCGUGUGUGUUUAGUGUCAGUUUAAUGAAGGGUGAUGGGGGGGAGGUUUAUGAUGUGCUUGGUUACUGAACACUGGCUUCUGUAGAUUUGAAAGUCUCCAUGUUAAUUUUUUUCCCCGUUUUGUAUGACAAUGUGGGUUUGAUUUUGCUCUGUUUCGUCUUCUUCUUCUUCUUUUUUAUUUGAGAUGCUGCGUUGAUUUGUGCAUGUCUGGUAGCGUGGGAGGAUCAGUGAAUGUGUAAGUGCCACAGGGAGAGUUCCCUCCACACAAGAACAGGGUAACAGAGGAGUUGCACUUGUGGAUUUGACAACCGAACAGGAAAGCUCGCAAGAAUGUAUUACAGCCACUAAUUAAACACUAAAUAAUUUUUGUGCUCAGUAUCACACGGCGUCGGGGGGAGAAAUCCUCUUUUGUGCCAUUAAAUAUCUGAUUACAUGUUAUUUUUCUUUUACUUUGUCUUUUUCUCUUAUUUAAUUUCCCCCAAAUCACACCAAUACAGUAAAUGUGAAUAUGGUGCAUUGUCAGAGAUUCCUGUUUGUUUUUUUUAUUCUUUUUUUUUUCUCUUUUUUUGUUGUCGUGGUGAUUAGGCUGCUCAGACUCUGUAUAGAUUUAUUUUUUAAGAACAGCAUCAUAACACAGUAACAAUGCCUGCAAAAUACAUACAUUAAGGUACACUAUCACCAGCAAGCUUUACAGUUUCCUCUCUUGUUCUUAAGAUGUUUCAUAAUUUUUUUUUUCUUGUACAACUGUGGCCAUUACAAAUCCUGUCUGGAAUACAAAUGUAUAUUCACGCCGAACUGUCAGCCAUCUUCCACACGAAGGAUUUAAAGUAUUUUUGUUCCCCUUCAGAACAGGCAUUGUAAUGGAAUUGACAUAAAUGUAGUUCUUACUAAAAGGACUGUCCACAAUGGAUGUAUAUUAUAAUCUACCUAAAAAAAAGAGAAAAAAAAAAAAGAAAACCUACCUCUUUUUAGCUCAUAAGUUGCUUUAGCAUUAAGAAUUUAAGAAUUUGCCUCUGUUUUUACUUUUUUAAAUAUUUGUAUUCAUGUGGAUAUUUAUUGCUGUCUAAUGAGUCAUACUUCAAUGAUUACCUCAGAGAUGUCUCACACAUUUGGGAGAGUCCAGCUAAUGAAGUCAUUCAUGGUUUUUGUUUGUCAUUUUGCAAUUUUUAUUUCCUCUGAAUUAGCAAUGCCUCCCCCUGCUCCCCUUUCUUCACGCACAAAAUACAAGGAGUGUUUUUUAUUUGUUUUGUUUAGUUUUUUUUUUGGGGGGGUUUUUUUAACCAGUGCCUGUACUCUGACCAUCUCCACUCUGGCUAGGAUGAGGCUGCAUUCGCUCAGGUUGCAGCAUUCUUAUCUGCAUCGUCGCUUCUUUUAACUGUUUUUAUAACGAUAGUCGCCGGCAGGAUGCAGUUAAUCUUGCUGCCAUGAUGCUGAUAUCUGCAGCGUCUUCCCGUUGUUUUUAAAGGGGAAACUAAAGAGAAAUGACCGGAGUGAAUGCAGCUUUGAGAAAACAACAACAACAACCACCUGACGGACUUUGCAACAGAAGAAGGGAGAGGUUUUUUUGGCAUAGCUUGAGCUCUGUAAUGCAUGUCUGGUUUUCUAGUCUUCUCCUUCAACCUUUUCCAGUAUUCUGUUGCAAAGUCUUUUUUUUUUUUUUUACAAUUCCCCACCAAUGGGAAGUUGAAGAUCCUCAAUAUCCAUGUAAUGCCGCUUCUUUUUUUAUUUUAUUUAUUAUUAUUAUUUUUUUUAAUUUUGGGCGCCAAAAUGUUGCGUGCAGUUGACACCAUACAUAACAUCAUCCAAAGUACGAGUUGGCAGUGGAAGGGGCAAGCCUCCUCGGAUUAUUGUGUCUUUUAGAACAUGUGCAACUUACUGGUGCUUCCUGGGAAAAUCUAUUCCAUUCAGAUCCUCACAUCAUAACAACAACGUUCACUUUGGUGAGCCUUUCUUGUCUCCAUGUCAAACUGCUUCAGGUAAACACUGAAUGAAAUUGGGAGUGUUUUAUUUUUGUUAAUUUUUAUUCAUUGGUGAAUAAAGAGGAACAGAGUUGCCGUAGUUACAUCCGCCCUGAGCUGUGUGCCAUAACAUGAGCCCUUUCACCGCACAGGGGGAGGGUAUUAGCCGGGCUCGCUGGCUUCACACGUUCCUCCCGGAAAUUUCAGCAGAAAGGUCAUCCGGCCGCAUGGUUGACUUAUUGUUUAGCUUUCUGUCAAUCAAUUGUGUAACCCCAUUUUGCAAUUAACAAUAUGGAAUCUGGCAUGAAAUUCUCACCUUGCAUUUUGACUCCAAAUCCUACCCGAACCAACAAAACCACUUACUAUAGCGUAUGUGACAUGUAGACUGAUUCAAACUGCUAGCCGUAAACUGCCUGCGUCGGUCAGCAUGGUAUGGCUCUGUUUAUCAGGACUGUCGAGUCUCCUAAAUUCUAAUGUAAUUUCAAGAUCUCUUUUUCUUUCUUUUUUCUAUUAUAAAUUGGUGUAAAUGUAAUGUUUAUUUUGUCUUGUUUUGCAAAUCAGAAAUAAACAAUUGUAUAUAGCAAA